AUGUUCAACCGGUUGAGGGGUACCUUUAGCAUCACAACAGCACAAACGGGGCCACAUGAAGGAAACAAUAUCCAAACUUUGAGUGUAAAUGGACACAAAUGCUCAUGUGGGAAGUUGCAAGUUUUACACUUUCCUUACUCCCACCUUCUCGCUGCAUGUGCAGAGAUACGGUUGAAAGCCGUCCAGUAUGUUAAGUCAUGCUUGAGCACUACCGAGCACUAUGCGACAUACGCCACCAAUUUUAAUUUGAUUAGGCACGAGACGUAUUGGCCAGCAUCCUCGUUUCCGAAUUUGCGAGCAAAUCCUACGUAUGCUCGGCAUAAAGGUCAACCUAAAAGCUUACGUCUACGAAAUGAGAUGGACGCAAGGGAAGGUAGGAAGAAGAGCACAUACAACAUAUGUCAUCAAGAAGGACAUAAUUGCACAAGGAUUGAUCCAAGGCCUGCUGAUCGCAACGUGUUGACGAUGGGCGAUGAUCAUCGGUCCAGCUGA